AUGUCUGUCGAUAACACCCAACCAGAAGGCGAAAAUCCCAUCGGUGAUUUCACAGUUGAACUACUCGGUACUCAAUCAUCCAGCAACAGCGCCAGUCGUCGCGAUCUAGGCUUUACCGGCCAACUCGGUGGAAAAUGGUACGCUGUGUAUGGCGAUGUACUGUGGUGUGACGCUGGCGUUACCCACCCAUCAGAAGAUACUGAGGGUUUCCAUGGAAUGGUCAGAAAUGCUGUAUCUGCUUUGACUGACGACCCUUUGGUCGUUGACGACUUGCAUCUCAACGAUGAUGAGCCUGUCCCCCAUCAAAAGCAAUUCAUGCCGUUCAACGAAGAGUGGGGAGAAACCAAUACCUUUGGUUUCGGAGGCACCGGAAUUGCCGAGACGGAUCCCGAUAGUGCAACUGGUGUUCUUUACUACCUCGUUCACUACAAAGGCGCCGGAGUAGCCAAGAUCGAACUAGUCGACGAUGUCCCUACAGUUACAGAUCGCUACGGUGAUCACGGUAUCUGGUGGAACGGAGAUGAACUUCCAAAGUACGGCGACGUAGCAACUUAUCGAGAUGUCAACAGCGAAUAUAUCUACAUUCUCGGCAAUCCACCAAACACAUUCACCGACUUCCCUGACAAAAACUAUGUCUACAUGGCACGCGUACCCGCCUGUGAUGCUUUUGACCUCGACAAGUACGAGUAUUGGUGGGGAAGAGAACAGGGAUGGAAGAGUGAGCCACUUACAGAAUGUAACUGCGAAACAGCUGUCAUGUGGGGUGUUGGACAAGGGCAGAUUGUUUACAACAAGCAUUUUGAAACGUACUUUUACGUUCAUCUUGAUCUCGGUGCGUUUCGCCAAUCUUGUCCCCAUAUCAUGGAUCUUGACUAA